AGACCGGAAGUUGUCAGGUAGAAUUCCGGAAAUUCCUGUCGUCAACCAGCGGAUAUUUGUUUUUUUGGUCUCUUUUAACAACUACUGAUAACCUUUUUGGAGUGUUUUCAAUUUGAAGUGAGUGGGUGAUUCUUGUCGUGUCUAAAAAUAGACAGAACUCGUAUUGGACUGGAGUGUGUCGUAGACAGCAAGAAGUGUCUGUAGUGUCGUCGGCCCUAGGUUGGGCUAGCAUUAGCCUAGCAUUCACUGAGGUCCUGCUAGCAAGUUUUAGCUUUUGUUUGGUGUCACUACAGUUGGCAUUAAAGUCAGCUGUUCACGUUUUAACUUAAUAGCAGAAACAUAUAUCAACCAAAACCAUGGCUGUUGUCAACGAAGGAGCCCUGAAGAAGAUGCUGAAGCAAUACAAAUACAGAGAUCUGACUGUUCGUGAGAUAACCAAUGUCAUCUCCCAGUACAAGGACUUGAAGCCUGUUAUGGAUGCUUAUGUGUUUAAUGAUGGCUCCACAAGAGAUCUGAUGAGCUUGACAGGAACUGUGCCAGUGAGCUACAGAGGCAAUGUCUACAACAUCCCAGUUUGUCUGUGGUUGCUGGACACAUAUCCCUACAACCCUCCCAUAUGUUUUGUCAAACCUACCAGUGCCAUGAUGAUCAAAACUGGCAAGCACAUCGAUGCCAACGGCAAAAUCUACCUGCCUUAUCUACAUGAGUGGAAGCAUCCUCAGUCAGACUUGUAUGGUCUGAUUCAGGUGAUGAUUGUGGUGUUUGGAGAGGAGCCUCCUGUGUUUUCUCGUCCCACCACACAAGCCCCAUACCAACCCUUCCAAGCUGCUGGACCCCCUAACCCUUCAUACAUGCCUGGAAUGCCUGCGGUCUCACCCUACGGUCCAAAUCCUAAUCCAGGAGGCUAUCCAGGAUACCAAUACCCAGGGGGAAACUCUUACCCAGCCACUGCUGGACCAGCACACUAUCCCGGCCAGACUCCAGUUUCCACAGUGGGCCAGAGCAGAGAUGGCACCAUUGGUGAGGACACAAUCCGCGCCUCUCUGAUUUCCGCUGUGAGUGACAAGCUUCGCUGGAGGAUGAAGGAGGAGAUGGACAGAGCUCAGGCGGAGCUGGAUGCCCUGAAGAGAACAGAGGAGGACUUGAAGAAAGGACAUCAGAAACUGGAGGAGAUGGUUUCAAGACUGGACCAGGAAGUGGCCGAGGUUGACAGGAAUAUCGAGCUGCUGAAGAGAAAAGACGAGGAGCUCAGCGAGGCCUUGGAGAAGAUGGAAAACCAAUCAGAGAACAACGAUAUCGAUGAUGUCAUUGUACCCACAGCCCCGCUCUACAAACAGAUCCUGAACCUUUACGCUGAAGAAAACGCAAUCGAGGACACUAUCUUUUACCUGGGGGAGGCGCUCCGCAGGGGCGUCAUAGACCUGGAGGUUUUUCUAAAGCACGUACGUCUUCAGUCCAGGAAGCAGUUCCAGCUUCGAGCUCUCAUGCAGAAAGCCCGCAAGACAGCUGGCCUUAGUGACCUCUACUGACCCCGACUAACUUCCUGAAAAUAUAAAUUUCUUCAUCUUCUCUUCCUCUCCUCCUCCUCUUUUACUCCCUUUUUUUAAUAUCCUCUUUUACAAAAAGCUGUCCUCCUUUUUAAUCUCUAUAGACAGAGAUCUGAACAGGGAAUCAGUAAAUAUGCGACAUUUAAACGAGUCAGACUGUCACGAACUCAAAACUGUGUGGCCACAGUUCUAUAAGGACAUCAUUUGUUUAUUGAUCUGACCAAAUACUUGUUUAGAAUUAUUGUGCAUUAUCAUUAAUUAAAUUACCCACUUUUAAGACAUGACACCAUUACUUUUACCCAAGUGCAACCACAUUGUGAACCAGGUACUGUGAUGACACAUAAAACAUUCUCAAUGCACAUGCCGUGUUGCUAAAAGUCAGGUUGGAUCCUAUUCUGUGUGGCUGGCUUACUCUUAGUUAUUGUAUCAACCUGAAAAUGUUUGGUUGCAAGGACGGCCCACAGGUUCUGUUAGCGACCUGUUGUCCAGACAAAGUCAUUUGGCUAGUAAGCACAAAUUGUUAGGGGCUAGUAGAGAGGGGGCUUUGUAGAGGGCCCCACGUGUCCAUCCCCUGUUAUAAUGAAAAGGUAUAUUUAUCAGGGCAACCUCACAGGACAGACGUUCAGGUCUUUAUGGGGCAUGAGGUCUGGGUCAUGUCCAUUAGCCAUGGAGUCAGAGUGAUGAGGAACAUAGACCUGAACUGUGUUUCUUCAUCAUCUUAUUGGAGUCUGUUAAUAAGCUUUACUUUGUAUCUCCACUGACACAUGUCCUCACUACUGUGCGUCUUUCCCUGUUCUGUGUGUUUCAUUACAGCAUAGUGAGCGAGCGUCUUUCAUUAUGUGAGUUUUCCAGGUCCACCCUCCAGUCUGACCACAUUUACCAGUCAAUCAUGUGCAGCCGUGGUUUACUCUGUACAGUGUCUCUGAUGAAGGUGGACAUAUGUUUUGCUUUAUUCUAAGGUAUAAUAGAACUUUUCACAUUUUUCUUUUCUUUUUCUCACUCAACAUGUGGGAAGUGAUGACUACAGACGGAAUUGUUGAGGGUACAAACACAUCAAGAACUAUUGUACUAAUCAAAAAGCUAACUUAUGUCAAGUUUGCAAACAGGUCUCAUUUAAAUUAGCCUUUUUACUAAAUGCACUUUGAAUUGUAUGAUAGAAUAUCUACUGUUAUUUUUUGUCUUGUUUCCACAUCAAGCAUAGACCACCUGUUCUUUUAUAUAUCUGUAGAUUUAUGUAAAUCAGAACAAAUAAAAGAAAUCUGAUUGAA